AUGCACGUAUGAUGACAACUAAUAAAACAAAAUGAUGAGAGUGCUUUAAAAUAUUUAUAAAAACUAUGCUUAUCCCGCCUGACAGUCAGUAAAUAAUCGUAAAAACUGAUAAAAAAGCAGGCUACGCAUGCGCAUUGAAUUCCAGAUAGCCAAAUAAGAGCAAUAUGUUGUCAUUUUGUUGUCACUUAUUCCGCAUUCAAUUUCAUCAAACUAAAGCCAAGACAAAAAUUGCUUUGCAAAAAUGAUGACAGAACUAGAAGAAUCUUCAAAAGAUAUGCAACGAAUAAAUUCAGAACGAAAGAUUCAUUCGCUUGAUGAAAAAUUCAUUCGGCCAUCUGAUAAUCAGCAAAAACCGGUAGGCAAGGUACAAAUGAAAAAGCAAUUAGGCCUUUUGGAAGGAGUAGCUAUCAUAUUAGGAAUUAUAUUUGGCUCAGGCAUCUUUAUUUCACCAAAGGGAGUAAUACAAGAAGUAGGUAGUGUAGGAUUAUCUCUGAUUAUAUGGAUGCUAUGUGGCCUGCUCUCUAUGGUAGGUGCCUUAUGUUAUGCGGAAUUGGGUACUAGCAUACCUCGCAGUGGUGGAGAUUAUGCUUAUAUUCAUGAAGCUUUUGGUGCAUUGCCUUCAUUUCUAUAUUUAUGGGCUGCUAAUUUAAUUUUUGUACCUACAACAAACGCUAUCAUGGGACUGACAUUUGCUCAGUAUGUUGUACAGCCAUUUUUUCUUAAUUGCGACACUCCGGUUUAUGGUGUGCGAUUAAUCGCUGCAUUGAGUAUAUGUUUCCUCACUUUCAUCAAUUGUUAUGACGUAAAAGAGACGUCAAAAAUGCAGAAUGUAUUUAUGUUUGCUAAAAUUGGGGCAUUAAUAAUUAUUAUUAUAGCUGGAUUAAUCUGGCUUUGUAUAGGACACAAAGAAAACUUCGAAAAUAGUUUCGAAAACACGAACACCGAUCCUGGAAAAAUCGCUGUAGCUUUUUACUCUGGCAUAUUUUCUUAUUCAGGAUGGAAUUACUUGAAUUUUAUGACGGAAGAACUAAAAAAUCCUUAUGUAAAUUUACCACGUGCAAUUUACAUAUCACUGCCGCUAGUGACCUUAAUAUAUGUUAUGGCAAAUGUUGCUUAUCUAGCCGUUUUAACUCCAACUGCUAUGAUGGCUUCCAAUGCUAUCGCUGUGACUUUUGGAAAUCAACUUCUCGGAUAUAUGGCUUGGAUAAUACCUUUAAUGGUAGCUGUAUCCGCUUUUGGUGGCUUGAGCGUUCAUAUUAUGACAUCAUCUAGAAUGUGCUUCGUCGGUGCCAGAAAUGGCCAUUUUCCCUCGAUGUUGAGCCACAUCAAUAUAACCAGAUUCACACCUAUGCCUGCCUUAAUAUUUCUGUGUAUUCUAUCUCUCAUAAUGUUAUGCACGGGUGAUAUAUUUGUACUGAUUACAUACUGCAGUAUAGUAGAAUCAUUCUUCAUUAUGAUCUCAGUAGCUGGAAUUUUAUGGCUGCGUUAUAAAAGACCUAACAUGGAACGACCAAUCAAGAUACCAUUAUGGAUACCUAUACUAUUCGUAGCAUUAUGUGCUUUUCUGGUUAUUGUACCAUGCUACCAAAGACCAUAUGAAGUUGGUAUGGGCAUUCUUAUUACUGUGUCUGGUAUACCCGCAUAUAUCCUCGGUGUUGCUUGGAAAAGCAAACCAUUGUGGUUCCAAAAAGUUAACAUUAAAGCUACUCACGCUAUACAGAAAUUAUUUCUGUCUGCAAGGGAAGAACUUGAAAUCAAUUAA